AUGACGCCACCUCCAACCUCAGGCAGUUCUGCAUCUCCAUCUUCGUCCAGCCAGGGUGCCCAGUACGAAGUUCGAACAUUGUCGCAAAUAAGAGGGGCGGCCAACUCAUACUCGUCAAUUUCGACGAAUGGUCGAGAUGGAAAACCAACAGAGCUGCCAAUCUGGUUCGAAGCAGCGGGUAUCGUACUGAUUUCCGUACUGAUUGCAGGACAAGCGGUCGGAGUGCCUCCGGCACCAGCUGGAUUGACUCCUCUAGUUGCAGCUGAAGAAGGGGGCUUUGAAACCAUGGGGGAGGCUGAAGAGGGCGUGCGUGAAGGCAAAGGAGAGCAUGAUCCUUCUCCGGAUAGCUCAUCGAAAGUCCUACCAAGCGCAACGGUGACUUCCAUCGACCAAAAUGCCAGCCACGCUAAUUCGAGCCUCACCGCGGCAACAGAGCGCAGCAGCAGCGACUCCUCAGCGCCCGAAACGAACGUUUGGACACCUUCAUCGACAACAAGUCCAAACUUGACAUCAAGCCGAUCCAGUGCGACGAGCAUCGCAAGCACCGCCUCCACCUCCACCGGCCCCGUUCGAAUGAUCUUCCCCAAAGACGGCAACGAUCCCAACAACGAUCCUCUUACCAAAGAGCUAGUUGCCGCAUUUGGCCCCGACUCAACGCCCGUCAACGAUCCCUUUUCCAGGAUUCUCAUGUGGUACGCGCCGUUGCGCAACGAGCAGGUUGCCAUAUAUCAGGCGAAUCCACUGCCUUGCGUGCGGGCGCAAGGGCGCCGAAAAAGAAAGCGAAAGCGAACAGGUGUGCAGAUCGGCGCCAUCGCCCAAGUCCCCUCAUAUUCCAUCUCCGACCCCUUCGCGCCCGCGGACUUGGUGCACCUCUCCAUGCCCGCCAGCGUAGCUUCGCCCUCCUAUCUCCCGCAACAAGCCUACGUCUUCGACGAGUCGGCGGGACGGAGCGUGACGGUGUUCAUCUGGGACACGGGCGCGAAUCCGAACGGGCGGGAAUAUACGGAUAACACGGGGAGCAAGCCGUGGAUUCUGUUGCCGAUUCCUCCGUUUGAUCCAGGUUGGAGACCGUGGUCGGCGAAUGUGGCGGACAAUAUGGAUGAUGAUUUUGAGAAUCCGCAUGGGGGGGGGGACGAUGAUGUUUUCGAAGGCGGUCGAGGGACAGUUUGGCGUUGCGAGAGUUGGACGGGACCAUCGGCGGGGACGUUCUCGACGUGGUAUAGAGGGCUGGGUAUCACCGUGGAAUAUAUGUGGGCGAAUGGGUUGCUUUAUUCGGGGAAGGUCGUCGUCAAUCUGUCGUGGGGGACUAGGAUUUCUCUUGAUCCUAUGGAUCCUUUGUUGGGCAAGAUAAGGGACUAUAUGGACAAGAUGGCGGAGACUUAUGGGGUGGUUUUUGUGGCGGCGGCAGGCAAUUCUGCUUGCACAACAACAAAUCAGGAUGGUGGUGUGCCGGCCAAUAAGCAUGUUAAUGGUGUGCCUGCCUUGUGGGGAGGGUUGGGCUAUCUGAUCAUUGUUACGGGCGCGGCUGAUGCUCAGGGAUAUCAGUCGGAGGAAUCACAGGGUGAAGGUAAAGAGGUCACUAUUUACUUCGCGGGCCCUGCCAGUCGUUGUGGAUGGGUCCAGGAGACAAGACGGGGUUGGGUCAACAAGAAUCAUGAAAAGUUGAUUGACAAUAGGUCCUUGUCGGAGCGGCAUGAUCGGGUGGUCUCCGUGUUGCAGACGUAUGGCUACAAGAAAGCCAAGGUUGCAAGACUGCGAGGUGAUGGUGAAACCUACGAUGUCCCAGCGGAUCUUGUUGCAUGGAAUGGUCAAGAGUGGAUAAGGUGGGAGGACUGCUUAAGGAAGCGUGGUGUCAACUCGACGGAUUUCCAAGGGCAAUGUGUAUCCGGCGGCAAUAGCACGAUCAGUCCCUUACCGCUCACCUCUACAGCCACCAAUUCACAGACAUCGACUUCUGUGUCAUCUUUUUUCCCUCCAUACAAGACACCUCGACUUCUUCAUCCCCAUCUCCCUCAAUUUCAGCUCAACCUCCAACACCGGUAG